UCUAAAGCCAAUAUAAGAGAAUCUGGCCAGUGUUUCGAAUCACUGAAGUUAUCGAAGCCUGGGCUGAACCAUGGGAGCUGUAAUAGUGUCCAUUUUCAUUAUUGGCAUUUGUUUUGCCGCACAGACUCUGGGUGAUUCCAGGUGUAAAGCUAUUGGUGGGAACUGCAAGUAUUAUUUAAGUUCAUGUCCGGGAGGGGUGAGGAGUGGAUUGUGUAAUGGACCCAGGACCAGGCGAUGUUGCCUACCUGCUGCUUCUAGGGGUGGUCCCUGUUUUACGUCAUCAGAAAUGACGGCCCUGGAGAAUAAGUUGAUAACAUACGAGGCGAUCCGAUUAACAGCUUAUGACGCACAGCCGAAGAGCAAGUACGAAGACCUAACCAUCUGUGUCGGGUUUAACUUGAAGAGAGGUGGGGCCAGAACCGUUUUCAGAUCAGUGCUGCCAGGAGUAAACUUUGAUUCGGUUUACAACCGCCGGGCUUCACUCACCAGGAAUCAGUGCAUGGCACUAUUCCGGUAUGACCUGACCCAAACUUACAUCCCGAGGGCUAAAAGAGUUGCCGGACGUCACUUCUGCGGUUUUCCGGAAAAUGUGAAGAUCGCGAUUGUCAACGCCGUCUACCGAGGGGAUCUGGCUUACAAACACAGAACCGCAUGUUACAUCAGGGCCGGUAAAUGGUGUGCCGUGGCAGACGAAUACCUGAACAAUUAUCAGUACAGAAAUUGUCGGCGACUGGGUAUCCCAGGGGUGUGUACCAGGAUGAACUGGAACGCUGCACAAUUCAGGACAAUGUGCUGAAUGCAUUGUGAAAUUCAAAUCCAUUUAAUAUGAAUAUGUCAUUCAAAAAAGUAAAAUCCCGUAACCUUAUUCUCUUUUACGUCUUUUUGAUGGACCAUGUCAAGUAUAUACGAUUCGGUGCAUUUGUGCUGCCUGUAACAGACAUGCUUUUUAUAAAAGACCUUGUUGUCUUUCCAGGUUUACGUGGAUCCAAACAUUCAGUUUUAUAAUACUUUUUACCUCGGAGCAUAAGAUAAGAAAAUAAACGAAUUUAUGCAUGACAAA